AUGGCGAACGAAUUGUUCUGGGUCAACAGAGACGCGACCUCAGGCCAUGUUGCGCACAGCUCUAAAGAGGAACGUUCGGCCAUACAGAGCAAGAUCCAAAGAGGCAGACCACGAAAGCGGAAGCCAAAGGCGAAGUCUGGUCAGAGUGGCGCCCCGAGCCAUGAGCCACAGCAGACAGAUAGGCCUAAGGAGCUCUACGACCAUUAUUGCCAGCAGAUGACCAUAACACUGGACCCAUUCGACGCUGCAACCGUCAAGCUAGAUAGCACCAUCAGCGGGCUUCUGCGGUACUACGUCUACUACCAUCACCCGGCCCAGUGGCCGAACGAGCCAUUCGAAAGCCGUGGCCCCUACACCUUCAAGACAUCAGUCGCACGUGUCGUUUCCACUGCUGUAGAAGACGAAAUGAUGAUGUUCUGCUUACUUGCGGCUGCAACCUGCAGACUUCAGUACGUGGAUCAUCUUUCCUAUGCUAACGUGUCCCGGAACGAAGACGUCUACUCCGCACGAGCACUUCAGCUCUUGCGAACCCGUGUCGAGACAGAAGCACAUUCAUCGAGUGCAAGACUCGAUGUACUUCUGUAG